AUGCCAAGUUUACGAGCGACGGGACCCGAUCUCUCCGGCGACCUGAUCAACAGAUUGAAUGCAACCCUCUCUCAUGAGAUUUUCCGAGUGGCUGAACCGAGAUGUGUUAAUGUAGCUCUGCACGAUUCUUUACCCUCCUUUGGCAGCUACCUCGCCAUCUGUGUAGAAUUAGUCGAAUAUCUUAGCCAACACUCCCGACUCAAGUCCGAGAGCUCCGGCCGCUCCAUCCGGUCGCACCGGACAUCGACGACCAAUAAAGAUCUUACUCCCACGAUUCGGGCUUUACAAAAUUUCAACGACCUAAUCCACCAUAAAGCCCACAACAACCCUCGCAUGAAAGGAAUAAGACCAGAUUCUGCUUCUGACUUUCCCAUCAACGAGACGUGUAAUCAGGAGAUUCUGGGUUCGACCCCCAGGCUGGUCAAAUCUUUUGCCUCUGGGCGUAUUCUACACAUCAGCAGUCUAGUUGGUGAUUGUUCCUUUUGUUUCCCUUCCAUUUUGGCCGAAUAUGCCGAGUGUGUCAUUUCUUGCACACUCGAACGCCACCUACUUAGUCAGAUGAGCGGCAACUGA